AUGGCUCACCCCAUUACCAAUAUCGGAUCUUGCGGCUGGUGUGUGGUUCGGGCAGAUUCUCAACAACUAGUCCUUGCUUCUGAAAGUCUGCAACACUGGAUGCCAGUAUCGCCUCAGCCAUCGUCUUUACGAAAACACCAUCUUCACAAUCAUACACAUGAACAGUUUAACAAUGCUCUGUCGCAUCCAUCCUCAGCGAUUAGACCAGAUAUGAGCUCGGAUCUAAAAGAGACAACUGAGCUACCACAAAUCACAAGGUUAUCAGAUUUAUUUUCAGAUUCCAUUGACAUGGACUGGGAAUGCUUUUGCAUAAGUAGUUCCAAGCAGGUAUUACAGCCAAGUAUGUUUAGAUGGAGACUGACUGUAAAUCAACCAUCGCCUGGCUCAUAUACCAAUUCUGGCACUAAUGAGCAACAAUCAUCUUGUAUCGAUGUAAAUGUCACUCUGAUGCAUGCUACAGACCACCUGCUGCUGGUUCUUAUUCACAAUAUAUUUGAAUGCCGACAUUGUCCGACACAUGACGAUACUCUUCAACAACUUCACCAUCUAUUGUCAUCCUCACAGUCUCAUGUCGAUUUGGCACACUCUCAGAGUCCACCAAAGGCAUUGCACAUUCUGCAUGCAUCUGACCUGAGUCCUGUCUUCAUGAUGCCAAACCACUACUUUUCCAAAAACCUUGGUCUUGAUUUGAGUGCCGUCCUUUGUGGGCCCAAUUUGCUUGACCAGUUUUCUGGGUCUGAGGAGAGUCAGCAAUUUCAGCGAGCCCUCAAUAUACAGUCAAGUGGCUCACAGACUCCAAAAGAAUAUGACUCCAACUGUCCAGUUUCGUUUUCAUUUUCAUCCAUGCUUGAACCUACGCUUUCAAGGAUGGAUUCAGAAUGGGGCUCUGGUGGUGUGUCAUCGUCAAAUGAACAUCGAACCACUAAAGCACCACAUAAACAAAAACAAUCACCAAAUUCCCAAAUAUCAAAUAUAUGCAAGCAUGUGCAUAUCCGCUCUUGUGUAUUAAUCCACCACUCGCUCGUAUUUGUGGUUUCCCAGUCAAUGGGCAGCAACAGAUACCUUGCUGUGUCUAACCCUGUUUGUGACUAUAUGGAUGCACCCUAUUCUCGUCACAAGCACGUCUUUUCACAUCCAAAAUCUGUGGCAAGUAUUAACUCUGAUCCGCAUAUACAGCCCUCAUACAACCAGCCCUAUUCCAAAAAACUGCAUAAAUCCCCUUCCUUAUCUUCCUCUACAUCAGCUCAGCCGUCUGUUCUGCAUCAAUCGCAAAACUCGCCUAGUACAGACAAGAAGAUUGCGUCCAACCAUACUCUUGUACCAUCAGUCAUUGGUUCAUAUGAAACACCCAGCACUGAACAAAAAUGUACCGAGUUAAAAUUUGAAACUAACCCUCAAUUGAUGAGCCGUCCGCCUGAAAUGCUUUGUCCUCAAACCGCAGAAUCACAAACUUUAGGGUCACUCGAUGCUGGUUACCACCAACAAUGUACCUCAAUUACCCCGCCCUUUUCAUAUAAUCACGCUGGGAAAACCAUAAAUAUGCCUCCUAGCUUCUCAAGCCAUCCAACGUGUGAGGAUCACAGCCAUGAGGACCUUAGAUUAAUUACCUUGCGGUUACACAACACCCUAAGGACUGAUAUUAACCUCCUUAUGACCGAUCGAAUCCCUAAGGACUCAUGUUGACCGCCGUAGGGACACGCAACUCACUAAGAACCUGUGCGAUCCCUUUACGGCUGUACUCUUGUUGAGGUCUAUAAAUAGACCAUACUUGUCAUAUAUGUUUACCUCAGUUUUAUCAAUAAAGUUCCUUGAUCCU